AUUAUGAGCAGUUUGUAGUCGACAGUAUCACUGGCGCAACGCUGUAUAAAGGGCGGUAAUAAUAACUACCGUUUUUGGAAAGCAUUUAACGAAAACGAUUUUUCUAUUCGAGCCGUGUACGCUAUGAAAAAAGACGACAUAUGUAAACAACAAGCCGUGAGCUUUUGUACUGAUAGUAAACUCUUUGGCAGAAAAGCUGAUAAACAUACCCAAAUAAAUAAAUUGAAAGCCACCACUUCAGAACUAGAAACACAGCAGCGUCGCUUCCAAAUUAGUUUACAAAGGCCAACGGAUAUUCGGCAAAGGACUGGUGAUAGUGAAGUAGGAAUCCAAAACUUGAGACAAAGUACAAAAACGAAAAAUAAAGGAACUAGUAAUAUCAGCAUAGAAGACAUAUUUAUUGAAAUAAAUUCUGGACAAUAUCGAACGGAAUAUAAACAGUACCAGUCACAAAAUUCUGAUACCCAAUUUCGAUUGUGUGAGGGUGACGAUAUCAAUAGCUGCUGCAACUACCAAUGGUUUGAAGAAAAAGAAAGAGAUUGGGAGAUCGAAGAAAGAUCCGAAAGAAAAAGUGAAUUUAGAGUACAAGCUCAACGACAUAGAAGUUCCCUAGGACGGUCACCUGUGGAUAUUAUACUUCCCAACAGUUCCAACCGAAUUAACAAAACUAAAAGUGCUACUUACAGAGAUUCUGCAAAAUAUAAGCGCAACAGUGAUCACAAUAACAAAAAUAUCGGUGGUAAAAAUGAAGACUUAGCACAUGGUGCACAAUUUUGCGGAAUACAAGAGAAAAGUAGAGACCAAGAUUUAUUUUUUUCAUCUGUUAAACAAAAAAUAUGCCAUUCAAAAGUACCGUCUAAUACAAGCAAGGACGACAAAAACGAUAAUCUCAAAGCCAUCACCAUUAGAAACGGACAUCAAAAUCAUAAACAGCCGAAUAAGAAUAUAGUUAAUACACAUAAUUCAACUUUGAAAAGCAGUGGAAGUAGCACUAGUAGCGACUUUAAAGGCGACAAUAAAGGCAAUAAAAGUGGAAGUAGUAGUAGUAGUAAUAGCUGUAAUUGUGAUGUAACUGGAGAUAGCAGUACGUUACACGGAUUCGGUGUUGGGGUAUUAAACAGUUUCAUUGGAGAAUCUGAUUCUGCCAAUAACGGCGUGUUGCCUCAACCAUCCUCCCUACACCGUUCUCAGCUAGGAGACCAGUGUCCAUAUAAUGAAAAGGACGAGCUUAGUUGGGGUAUACACAACCAUUGCUAUUUAGGAACAACACAUAUUGCGGGUUGUAAAUCAAAUAGCGUUUUGGAGAUAAUUGCACCAAUAACAACAGGCCAACGAAGAAAUUCUUCCAUUAAUUGCAAAAUUUUAUGCCAUAAUAGCUCAGACGAUGUCACCGAUUGUGAAAGUUGUAGCGAGUUGCAGCUAUUAAGUUCAAAUUAUUAUAAAGAUGAAGAUAUCGAAGAUGUUAGUUUCGAACGCCAUACACCUGAUGAGACAGCAGGAAUCCCAAACACCAAUUGCAUUUUAAAACCAGUAUAUGCCAAAAACGGAGGACUAUGUAAACUAUCGAAUUCUUGUAAAAUAAAAAAACAACAGCAUUGUGGGAGAAAAUUCGAAUCAACCGAUUUUUCAACACAUCCCUUAAUUAAAUUUUAUGACCACGAACACAACCCUGAUAAUUACUUUAAUAUAACUGAAAGUUUUAUAACUGCCCCCUGUUCCAAGGAAUUUUUCAGCAAAAUGGAUCUGGAAAGCAGUCGCGAGCAAGCGACUAGAGUUGAUGUGAGUUCAGCAAAACAAACAAACAAUAAUGGUAUAACAAGCAAUGACAACGUUAGAAAUGAACGAACAGCUACUAAUCACACACUGGCAAAUGGUCCGAUAGGCGCCGAUGGUCAUAUUGGAACAUCAAACAUUCCUGAAACAAUAAACGGCACAACCAUUGUUGGUGGAAUCAAUCAACAAAAGACAGCAACUAAUACGACUACACAAAAGCGGCCGCAAAGACGAGGGGCGAAACCACAACCUGACCGACCUCAAAGAGUUUUAUUCUGUUUAGGAUUAAAAAAUCCACUUCGCGGCUUAUGCAUCAACAUAGUUGAAUGGAAACCAUUCGAAUAUUUGAUUCUAUUAACUAUUUUUGCAAACUGUGUUGCUUUAGCGGUUUAUACUCCGUAUCCGUUCAGUGAUUCCAAUGUGACUAAUCAAGCGUUGGAAAAAAUAGAAUACGUAUUUUUAGUAAUAUUUACGUCGGAAUGCGUUAUGAAAAUCAUAGCAUACGGAUUUUUAUUGCAUGGUGGCUCAUAUUUGAGGAAUGGCUGGAACAUUUUGGAUUUUUUCAUUGUGGUGAUAGGAAUGAUAAGUACCGUGCUGUCAAAUCUGAUGAAGGAAGGAUUCGAUGUGAAAGCGCUUCGAGCUUUCAGAGUUCUACGUCCUUUGCGAUUAGUUUCAGGAGUGCCAAGUUUACAGGUUGUGCUAAAUUCGAUCUUGCGGGCAAUGAUACCACUCCUACAUAUUGCGUUGUUAGUAUUAUUUGUUAUUAUUAUAUAUGCCAUUAUUGGUCUAGAACUGUUUUCGGGAAAGCUGCAUAAAACAUGUCUUCGCCCGGACACAGGCGAGAUAAUGGAGGAUGAGCAUCCCUGUGGUACAGGUUUCCGAUGUCCUGACGAUUAUGUUUGUCAUGAAAAAUGGGACGGUCCUAAUUAUGGAAUAACAAAUUUCGACAACUUUGGUCUGGCCAUGUUAACUGUAUUCCAAUGUGUUACACUUGAAGGUUGGACAGAUGUAUUAUACGACAUACAAGAUGCCAUGGGUAGUACCUGGCAGUGGAUAUACUUUGUUUCAAUGGUUAUCCUAGGUGCUUUUUUUGUAAUGAAUUUAAUUCUUGGUGUGCUGUCUGGUGAAUUUUCAAAGGAACGAACAAAAGCAAAAAAUCGUGGAGAUUUUCAGAAACUUAGAGAGAAGCAACAAAUUGAGGAGGACGUACGGGGCUACCUGGAUUGGAUUACUCAAGCUGAAGAUAUUGAACCAGAUGUGGAUGGUAAUUUAACGCAGGAUGGUAAAACAAAACAGUCCAAUGAGAUAAAUUCGUCGGAUCAAUUGGAAGAAGAAGGCCAGGAAGUUCAAAUAUCUGAGUCGUGGUGGCGCAAGAAGAAGAAAGAUUUGGAUCGUUUAAAUCGUAGGAUGAGGAGGUCCUGUCGAAAGGCUGUGAAAUCACAAGCCUUUUAUUGGCUUAUUAUAAUAUUGGUGUUUUUAAAUACUGGGGUUCUUGCUACAGAACAUCAUCGUCAGCCAUACUGGCUUGAUGAAUUUCAAGAGUAUACGAAUAUAUUCUUCAUUGGACUAUUUACCUGCGAAAUGAUGCUCAAGAUGUAUAGUUUGGGUUUUCAAGGAUAUUUCGUGUCAUUGUUUAAUCGGUUCGACUGCUUUGUUGUUAUUGGUAGCAUUACGGAAACGAUAUUGACUAAUACGGGAAUAAUGCCACCACUAGGAGUGUCAGUAUUACGUUGCGUUCGGCUCUUAAGAGUCUUUAAAGUCACAAAGUAUUGGCGCUCACUUUCAAAUCUCGUGGCUUCGCUUUUGAAUUCAAUACAGUCGAUUGCGUCCCUAUUGCUCUUGUUAUUUCUUUUUAUUGUUAUUUUUGCUCUUUUGGGAAUGCAAGUGUUUGGAGGAAAGUUUAACUUCAAGCCUGAGGAAGAAAAACCACGCUGGAACUUCGAUUGCUUUUGGCAAAGUUUACUCACAGUAUUUCAGAUUCUUACUGGAGAAGACUGGAAUGUUGUAAUGUAUGAUGGAAUACUUGCCUAUGGAGGAAUAAAGACAAUUGGAGCAUUGGCCUGCAUAUAUUUCAUUAUUUUAUUCAUUUGUGGCAACUAUAUACUUUUAAACGUUUUCUUGGCCAUCGCCGUUGAUAAUCUUGCUGACGCAGAUUCUUUAACAACAAUAGAAAAAGAAGAAGAGAUAGAUGAUGGAAAAAAUAACAAGUCACAUAGUCCGACUCCAACUAUUGAUGGUGCGGACGACGAGAAUAUGGAUAUUGAGGUUGAUUUGGGAGGACAUUGUAUAGAUAUGGAUAAGUUAGAUGACGAGACCUUUUCCGAAGAGGAAGAUAACGAGAUCUGCGAUGAAGAACAAGAUGAAUCCCGAUCCGAAGUAACACCGCGAGCAACUGCACGACCCCGGCGACUUUCUGAAAUCAGCAUUAAGAAGACUAAAAAACCAAUGCCACGUGGAAGUUCGUUUUUUAUAUUAAGUAACACGAACAGGUUUCGCGUCUUUUGUCAUUGGCUCUGCAAUCAUAGCAAUUUCGGAAACGUUAUAUUGUGCUGUAUUAUGUUCUCAUCGGCCAUGUUAGCAGCAGAGGACCCAUUACGGUCAGAUGCCGAUCGCAAUAAAGUACUGAAUAAAUUUGACUAUUUUUUCACGGGUGUCUUCACAAUAGAACUGUUACUAAAAUUGAUUUCUUAUGGCUUCGUAUUGCACGACGGAGCCUUUUGCAGAUCUGCAUUCAAUCUUCUUGAUUUACUUGUAGUCUGCGUUUCUCUAAUAUCAAUUCAGUCCAGUUCGAAUGCGAUUUCAUUCGUGAAAAUAUUACGAGUACUUCGCGUUCUAAGGCCUCUGCGUGCCAUUAACCGCGCCAAAGGACUAAAGCAUGUAGUUCAAUGUGUAAUAGUGGCUGUUAAGACAAUCGGAAAUAUUGUCUUAGUGACUUGCCUUCUGCAAUUCAUGUUUGCUGUAAUAGGAGUCCAGUUAUUUAAGGGUAAAUUCAGUUCCUGUACAGAUGGAUCAAAAAUGACUAGAGAAGACUGCUUCGGUACCUACUUGUUCUACGAAGAUGGAGAUGUGCAUAAGCCUCGGUUGAAGGAGCGCGUGUGGAUUCUAAAUAAAUUCCAUUUUGACGAUGUAGCAAAAGCAAUGCUAACUCUGUUUACUGUGUCAACGUUUGAAGGAUGGCCUGCGCUUUUAUAUGUAUCUAUUGAUUCAAAUAAAGAAGAUGGUGGGCCUAUACACAAUUUCCGUCCUAUUGUGGCUGCAUAUUAUAUAAUUUACAUAAUUGUGAUUGCUUUCUUCAUGGUAAAUAUCUUCGUCGGCUUCGUGAUUGUUACAUUUCAGAAUGAAGGCGAACAAGAAUACAAAAAUUGUGAUUUGGACAAAAACCAAAGAAACUGUAUAGAAUUCGCACUUAAAGCGAAACCAGUACGGCGGUACAUACCAAAACACGGUAUACAAUACAAAGUAUGGUGGUUCGUCACGUCCUCAUCGUUCGAAUAUACGAUAUUCAUUUUGAUUAUGAUCAAUACUGUGACUCUUGCAAUGAAGUACCAUAAUCAGCCGCCAUGGUAUACAGAAUUGUUAGAUGCCCUAAAUAUGAUUUUUACGGCGGUUUUCGCGUUGGAAUUCGUAUUCAAGUUGGCUGCUUUCCGUUUUAAGAACUACUUCGGGGAUGCAUGGAACGUUUUCGAUUUCAUUAUAGUGCUCGGUAGUUUUAUUGAUAUUGUGUAUUCGGAAAUAAAGAAUAAAGAUAAUUCGUCUCUGGCGUGUGACAUUGUGGAAGGAUGUAAAGCUAAAGCCAAGACUGGGUCAAAUUUAAUUUCUAUAAACUUCUUCCGAUUGUUUCGCGUCAUGCGACUGGUUAAACUGUUGAGCAAAGGUGAAGGAAUCCGAACCCUCCUAUGGACAUUUAUAAAGUCUUUCCAAGCGCUACCUUAUGUCGCCUUGCUUAUUAUAAUGCUGUUUUUCAUUUAUGCUGUCAUUGGAAUGCAGGUUUUCGGGAAAAUAAAUCUUAGCGAUGAUACGGCCAUACAUCGUAAUAAUAACUUCCAAACAUUUCCACAAGCGGUACUGGUUCUUUUUCGAUCUGCUACUGGAGAAGCUUGGCAAGAAAUUAUGAUGUCAUGCUCCACCGAUAAAGAUGUACAUUGUGAUCCAAACUCAGAUGCGCGCAAAGAUUGUGGAUCAAGCAUAGCAUUUCCUUAUUUUAUAUCAUUCUACGUACUUUGUUCUUUCCUGAUUAUAAAUCUUUUUGUUGCUGUUAUUAUGGAUAACUUUGACUAUUUAACACGUGAUUGGUCAAUUCUGGGACCACAUCAUCUGGACGAAUUUAUACGCCUGUGGAGUGAAUACGAUCCUGAUGCGAAAGGUCGCAUUAAGCAUUUAGACGUAGUUACACUUCUGCGAAAAAUAUCGCCGCCUUUGGGAUUUGGGAAAUUAUGCCCACAUCGAAUGGCUUGUAAAAGACUUGUAUCUAUGAAUAUGCCACUUAACUCUGACGGAACUGUUCUUUUUAAUGCUACAUUAUUUGCUGUUGUACGAACCUCUCUCAGAAUUAAAACAGAUGGAAAUAUUGAUGACGCUAAUGCGGAAUUGCGUACAACAAUAAAGCAGAUUUGGAAACGCACUAACCCUAAGCUUUUAGAUCAAGUCGUGCCGCCACCAGGAAAUGAUGAUGAGGUUACAGUUGGAAAAUUCUAUGCGACGUAUUUGAUUCAGGAUUACUUCAGACGCUUCAAAAAACGUAAGGAGCAAGAGGGUAAAGAAGGGCAAUUAGAAAACGCCACAAUUACACUCCAAGCAGGUUUAAGGACGUUACACGAGGUAUCACCUGCACUAAAGCGAGCAAUAUCUGGAAAUUUAGAUGAAUUAUCUGAGGAGCCUGAGCCAAUGCACAGGCGUCACCAUACACUAUUUGGUACAGUGUGGUCAUCCUUCCGGCGACAUGGUAACAGCUUUAGAUACGAUCGCAAAAACCAGAAUUCACAAUUAAAUGGAAAUAUUGGUGGCGCUGAAUCGACACCUCCUGUGGCUGACUCUUCUGAAGCAAAUACCAUGUAUUCUGCCAAUCGUUGCAGUGUAGCUGAUAGUAUAAAUCAUAUUACAAAAAGUAUCAUGCAAGCACGUUUCGGUUCGCAGCCAACCGAAGGUGGCGGUAGUAAUAGCCCUGAUUACCAUGAUUUUAAUAUCCGCGGCGACAUGCGAACGUUUAGUGAAAGCAUAUCGAUGCGUCCACUUGUCAUGAAUAGUGGUAAUGAUGGCAGCACCGUUAUAACUCCCUCUUCAGGCCGUAUUUCCAUACAAGGCAGUCAAAUAGCAGGUGCAGAAGUUUACGA